UCCUCCCCACUAGCAGGGUGCCAGCCGGCGGGUUACAUAACGGGCCCCCGCGGAGCGCUCUCGCGAGGUUUCCACCUCCCCCUCCUCGCUCCACGUCAAAGGAAACCGGGCGGAGCGGCCAACAUGGCGGAACGCAGGCGACACAAGAAGCGGAUUCAGGAAGUUGGUGAACCAUCUAAAGAAGAGAAGGCUGUAGCCAAGUAUCUUCGAUUCAACUGUCCAACAAAGUCCACCAAUAUGAUGGGUCACCGGGUUGAUUAUUUUAUUGCUUCAAAAGCAGUGGAUUGCCUUUUGGAUUCAAAAUGGGCAAAGGCCAAGAAAGGAGAGGAAGCUUUAUUUACAACAAGGGAGUCUGUGGUUGACUACUGCAACAGGCUUUUAAAGAAACAAUUUUUUCACCGGGCACUAAAAGUAAUGAAAAUGAAGUAUGAUAAAGACAUAAAAAAAGAAAAAGAGAAAGGAAAAGCUGAAAGUGGAAAAGAAGAAGAUAAAAAGAGCAAGAAAGAAAAUCUAAAGGAUGAAAAGACAAAAAAGGAAAAAGAAAAAAAAAAGGAUGGUGAAAAGGAAGAAUCCAAAAAGGAGGAAACUCCAGGAACUCCAAAAAAGAAGGAAACUAAGAAAAAAUUCAAGCUUGAGCCACAUGAUGAUCAAGUUUUUCUAGAUGGAAAUGAGGUAUUUGUGUGGAUCUAUGACCCAGUUCACUUUAAAACCUUUGUCAUGGGAUUAAUUCUUGUGAUUGCAGUGAUAGCAGCUACCCUCUUCCCUCUUUGGCCAGCAGAAAUGAGAGUGGGUGUUUAUUACCUCAGUGUGGGUGCAGGCUGUUUUGUAGCCAGCAUUCUUCUCCUUGCUGUUGCUCGUUGCAUUCUAUUUCUCAUCAUUUGGCUCAUAACUGGAGGAAGGCAUCACUUUUGGUUCUUGCCAAAUCUGACUGCUGAUGUGGGCUUCAUUGACUCCUUCAGGCCUCUGUACACACAUGAAUAUAAAGGACCAAAAGCAGACUUAAAGAAAGAUGAGAAAUCUGAAACCAAAAAGCAGCAGAAGUCCGACAGUGAGGAAAAGUCAGACAGUGAGAAAAAAGAAGAUGAAGAGGGAAGAGUAGGACCAGGAAAUCAUGGAACAGAAGGCUCAGGUGGAGAACGGCAUUCUGACACAGACAGUGAUAGGAGGGAAGAUGACCGAUCCCAACACAGUAGUGGAAAUGGGAAUGAUUUUGAAAUGAUCACAAAAGAGGAACUGGAACAACAAACAGAUGGGGAUUGUGAAGAGGAGGAAGAAGACAAUGAUGGAGAAACAACUAAAUCUUCACAUGAAAAAUCAUAACCUGGUGAACUUGGGGACUUAAUACAUACAAGAGGUUGGAUUUUCUAUGUUGGCUGAUUAUCAUAAUGUACACAUGACAUUUGUAGCAUUUUCCCUUUACUGAAAUGUAUUUGACAUCCAAGCAGUUAUAUCCAGUCCUUCAUUUCAUAGAAUACUAUUAUUGAUACAGUCAAAAGCCAUUUAUAAAUUUUAUCUAUUUGAUAAUUUUACGGCAAGUAGGUGUCAUUAAUUUUGAUAGUUAUCAAAGAUGCACUUUCCACAAUGACAUUUUAAUGGCAUUUUUGAUAGUUGUAUGGCUUUUAACUGUUAGACUAAUCAAAUAACUAAAAGAGAUAAACCAACAUUUCAGAUUAUGUAUAGUUAUAUAGCCAUUUCACAGUUUCUUUGAGAUGAAAUGCUUAAUUAAACUCGUUGUUACUGAUAGUUAAGCUUUUGUUGAUUAUAAAAUUAUACCAGGAAAUUUCUGAGAUUCUGAGUUAGCAGGAUUCAAAAGCAUUUUGUGGAAACAAGCCAACUAGUAAUAAUGUAACAACACUUUUAGUUUAGCUACAAAUUCCCUUUUUCCAAUUUAGGAAAUCCCAACUGGUUUGUACAUCUGAUUCAGGGAAAGAUGGUCAUCUCCUACAGAGAAAGCAGGCAGCGUUGGUUGGAAGGUGAUGGCUCUUCCCAUUUCCUUUCAUGAAGAAAAUGUAUUCUGUAUAUAAUUUACAAAUAAACAUUUUAUUUUAAUUGUUACUUAUUAUUUAGACAUUUUCUUAACACUUAAAUUUGUAAAAUUAAGACCAUUUAAGGGUAUGUUUUUAGAGAAAUGGAAGUUUCAAUAACCCACAGAACAUCUGUGAUCUUUCUACAGCAGCUUCAGUUUUGUGCCAACAUUCCAUGUAUUUGAAUAUGAGUUAAAAUGAUCCUUAUUAAAUAAGAGCAGACUUAAAAGUAGUGUUUGUACGCCUUAACAGUCAUUUUGAUUUAUCUUACAUCUCUACAUUCAGAAGUGGGGUACUGUAUUAUCAGACCAGGAGACACUGCUAUGAAAGAUAAUUUACUGUUCUAAAAUAUCCAGUUAAAAUAAAGAACAUAAAACAUAAGAGAACCAUUGGACUGUAUUUGCUUUGAACUAGUUUUGCAGUUUGAUUUCAUGUCUUGCAUACCUUAGUUACAAAUCUUUUGGAAAAAUCUUGCAUUUACUUAUGAGCAUAAUCAUUCCUUUGAGUUAUAUGCUUAUAAACUGAUAAUGAAUGUUAAAUUAUUUUCCUUUAGUCACAGUGAGAGUAUUUUGCUUUGUAGUUGAAAUAGUUGGUGUGUGUAGGUCUUUAUUUUUCUUUAGGCUGUUUCCCAUUUAAGUGUUUGACUAAAGAUGUUAAAUAUUUCUAUUUGUGAAAAAAUACACUUUAUUAAAUAAAUAGCUUGAUUGCUUCUUAAUAGUAUUCCUUGUAAGUGGACAGAAAUGUGGCUAUUUGAUGUUACUGCAACUCUGUCAAGCCUGCAAAUGUUCAUUGAUUUAAGUGCCUGGGUAUUUUCCCCUCAUAUUUCAGAGCUCUCCUGCAUUAUUUUCACAAUAAGGGAUGUGUAAUUAUAGCUUCUGAACUUCUUAAUCACCAGUAGCAUUAAUACAUAUUUUUGGAUAUGGUAAUGGUACCGAAAAUGUUUCUUAGAAAUAACAAUGACUUAACCUUUACUACUAUGAUAAUACCCAGGCACUCAAUAUUUUUCCUAAAGCUCUUUAUAAUAUCUGUUCUAUGUCUCAUCUUAAAGACAUUCAGAGCAUGCCAGGAAAGUCAGCUUCUUAUUGAUGUUUGUGGAUUCUUACAAAAUGUUAGCAUAAAUUUUUAUGACUAUCUGGUGGUCCCUGGGGGAAAAUGUCACUCUUACUAUGAUUAGAAAGUGAGUUAGAGAAUUUCAGCUCAGUGUCUUUUACUAUUCAAGGUCAUAUACUUUAAACAAAUAUAAAAAUCAGAAAGCUGCCACUAUUACAUCCCUCAGAAUAGAUGGCUGUCAUUGUUGGCUAACAUUAAAUAUUCUUAUGCUAGAGCAUGGAGAAUUGUUUACAUUAGUGGAAUGGUGAUUUAAAAAAAAAAAACACUUCAGGUUUGCCAUGCUACUGAAAGUAGAAGCUUGAAGCUUUUGAGGGUUUAUUGAGGAGUGAAUAUAAACAGGCCUAACUAAAAAAGAUUGAAUUAACCGAGUCCAUAUAAUAAGAAUAAUGCAUUUGUGGUUGUUCUUAAAGUCAAUGUAUUAAACAGAUGAUUUUUUUCCCCUCCAUUGGUUUCUUUAAUUUUCACACUAUAUGGCCUUCUAGACAAUUUUAAUUGAAAUAAUUUGGAUUUAGUCAAAUACUAUUCAGAAAGUAAUAAAUGUUAAUAUAUCUUAUUGAAAUUAUGCAGUGGUGAUGGGUUUUAAUGUUUUCCUCCUUUCUGGUCUUACAUUAUGAGUACCAAUUAGCUGCCGCCUGUAGAAAAAUUGUGUCUUUUGUCAAUUGAAUUAGUUUUUUUUUGAAUCUUUAUUAGGAACUGGAAAACAGCAAGUACAGUUGAUUAUCAUUCAUAGUAGGUUCUGUAAAGUCUCCACCAAAAUGAAAUUAAUGAAUACCUCCCCAAACUAUUGUUCUGUGAGCCUCUGGUCACAUUGUCAUCAACCAACAAUAUAUAAACUUGUUUGAA